AUGUCGUCAGACGAACUCAUCUGGGACGUGAUCAAUAACCAAUUCUGUGCCUUUAAGAUCAAAACAGGCAAAGGUCAGGACUUUUGCAGAAACGAAUAUAAUGUCACUGGUUUGUGUGAACGAGCCUCGUGUCCGUUGGCCAACUCCAGAUACGCUACAGUCAAGAACGUGGAGGGUAAGUUGUACCUCUACAUGAAGACAGCUGAGAGAGCACACAUGCCUAAGAACCUUUGGGAAAGAGUCAGAUUGCUGAAGAACUUUGCCAAAGCCAUGGAACAGAUUGACGAGAACCUUCUUUACUGGAACAAGUUUUUGAUCAACAAGUGCAAACAGAGGUUGACUAGGUUGACCCAAGUCGCCAUGACAGAAAGAAGAUUAGCAUUGCGUGAAGAGGAGAGACACUAUGUCGGUAUUAAACCUAAGAUUAAGAGAAGAGAGGAGAACAGGGAAAGAAAAGCUUUGGCUGCUGCCAAGAUUGAAAAGAGCAUCGAGAAGGAGUUAUUGGAGAGAUUGAAGAGUGGUGCUUAUGGAGACAAACCAUUGAAUGUGGACGAGAAGAUCUGGAAGAAGGUGCUCGGGAAAGUCGACGAGGUCGAGGAAGAAGAGGAAUUCGACGAAGACGACGAUGUUGUGUUGGAGAGUGGAGAUGAAGACGAUGGUGGAGAGGUUGAAUAUGUGGAAGACGAUGGAGAAGAUGAGUUGGUCGACAUGGAAGACCUCGAGAGAUGGCUCGGCGAUGGCUCUGCCAGUGAGUCUGAGGAGGAGGAUGACGAUGAUGAUGAUGACGAAGAGGAGUCCUCCAAGAAGGACGCCAGCAGUAAGCGUGCUGCUCCUCAAGACAAAGCCUCCAAGAGAAGAAGACCUAAGGUUGAGAUCGAAUACGAACAGGAAGACAAUCUCCAAACCAACAUCGCCGCCUAA